CCCCUUCUUCUACCUCUUCUGGGCCCCCCGGUUCUCAGUUCUCGAUCCAAAAAUCAUAAGCCGAGCCAUGCAGAACUCAGAUCUCGCCCUCUGAGUGGAGCGUCGUAGCAGUCCGCCGCCGUCGGCCAGGGGGCCGGCGCGGGCGUCCCCGCGUCUCGUCUAUGGCGUCGCCCUCUUCGGCCGCCGCGGCGGCGGCGGCGUGCCCGCGCGGGGGCAGAGGCGGGAUCUCCGCCCUCCGCCGUGACCCCUCCAAGCGCCGGCGCCGCGCUGACGAGGAUGGCACGCCGCUCACCGACGAGCUCCUCCUCGUCAUCUUCGCCCGCGUCCCCGACCUCGCCGACCUCGUCCGCUGCGCAGCCACAUGCCGCCGCUGGCGCCGCCUGGUGUCCCUCUGCCGCACACCUCGGCGGCCGCCCGGCAGGUUCAUCGCACAACUAGCCCUCGGCUUCUUCAACCAACAGGAGGACAGGCCACGGUUCAUGCCAACAGCUUUAGCGUCGCGCCGCUUCCUCGGCCUCCUCCAGCAGCCACUGUCCCUGAGCAUGCUAGUCGAUGACAGGCUGUUUGAUGGCUUUUCGCACAUAGUGGCCUCCAGGAACGGCCUUCUUGUCAUCGAACUCCAUAGUGGAAAUAAUGACAGGGCACUCAAGCUCUGCGUCUGCAACCCCAUGGCAGGCGUAGUGCAUGUCUUGCCGCACCUCGGAGGCAAGGAUGGCCUUGGCGACUACGCUUGUACGGUGCUCACUGCAGAUGAUCGUGAUGACAAGACAAUCGAUCCACCACAGUCCUCCUUGUACUUCUGCCUGGUAAUGCUGUACACCCAAUGUGACUUCACCGCAUUCCGGAGCUACUCGUCCGAAGAAGGCAGCUGGAGCGAAGAGGCAAAGUUGACUAACGCGAGACUAGGAAGGAAGCAGAUGGGUUUCGGUUUGACUGUUGACGGUUUCACUCAUGGUGUUGUGGGCCGUGGUGGCAGGCUAGUGUAUUGGCUGUCCAACAACAUGGUGUUCGUGCUGUGCCUUGAAAAGCUGCAGUUACAGAUGGUAAUAAACAUGCCUCAGUCCGGAAAAGGCCGGAAUUUUGAUAUGUUAAACACCUUGUCUGGCUUGUCGCCAAACGGCAUGCUCUGUGCCAUCCAGCUCAGCCGCACCCCGCAUGUCCCCGUACGCGUAAUCACCUGCACUGACCAUGAUUGGUGGGGUACGGAGGAGUUGAUUCAGGUAGAACAAUACUUGCCAGCAGAUGUGGGUAAUGUUAGGCUGCGGUGGUUCUGCGAGAAGAGUGGGGCCGUGUUCUUCUCAACCUUCUGUCGCAGUGACUCCUUGAGGAGUGACAUGUAUGUUCUGAACCUCAAGACCCGGGUGGUUGAUAAGCUGGUGAGCGAUGACAGGAUCAGCAAUCCUUGGGCUGUAUGUUCACGGGUACGAAAUGGAUCAGACAGCAUACCUGGCAUCCCUUGCUGAGCCAGAGGCCAUGGAGGAUAUGUGAUGAUUGCUUUUCUGCCGAGGGUGCAAAGAAGUUUGCGAGAGGUUGAGUUAUUGGUUACCAAAACUCCAGGAGGGACUACAAACUCUGUCAAUACUCACCUAGUAUAUGUGUAGUAUUGCUUUGGUGUCUGGUUGUUAUCUUCCUAGUUCCUGCAAUGUUGGUCGGUAAUGGUGACUGUCUUUAGUUGGAUGUUGGUGGAGCUAGUGUCAGCUGUUGCUGUUCUCUUAGUUGGACUGGAGAGUAGGGUUGGAGUUAGUUGUAACGGGUCAUGUUUGUCGUAUAAUGUGAGAUUGCCGGUCCCUUCUGAUUAUCCGAACUAUGCUUGUAAGCUGGUAACCUGAUGCUUGUUAGUGCUAUAAAUUAUGUUGAAUCUAUAUCCCCUGGUGUUUGUCGAAACAUUUCAUUUCUUGCAUUGGUGAAUUAUUGAUUUA